UACUCAUACAUUAUUCGAGAUCCAUGCAUCCUUGGUAUUUGGUCUUCGAUAACAGGAGCGAAUCUGGGCUUUUUUGCCAUAUUUUACUAUGGCCCAGUUUAUGUUAACAAGAUCUUGCAUCUCGAUGUGCAGUCGACUGGAUUUGCGACAGCUCUGCCCUUCAUUCUUUCUGCUGUUGUGAAGCUCUUUGCCGGUCCUGUUUCAGACAGAUCUUCCUGUGUUUCGGAGAGAACACGAAUUCUUAUCUUUACCAGCGUGUCGCAGGGAUUUCUAGCUGUAUUCUUUUUGUUAAUGGGAUUGACGACAUCUGCAAGUGUCGCUCAAAUUGCAUACACAGCUGCUAUAGUGUUUAGUGGUUUCAAUGUUGUUGGAUCAGUCAAAUGCGCCCAGUUGAGAGCUCGCCAGCACACUCAUUUUGUGAUGGCAGUAGUCUCAUGUGACGCUUGUGUCAUAACAUUACUUCUGCCUUUCGUUGUCACUUUGAUUUGUCCAGAUAACACUCGUGAACAGUGGUCGCGAUUAUUCUUCGGAAUAAGUGCUAUUGUAGUGAUGGCCAACUUGCCGUUCCUAGUUUUGGCUCAGACCGGACCGGCACCAUGGACAAUGCCAGCAUUUUUAUCUUCACGAAGAACAGCUCCUGUCAGGAAACAAGGAGUUACGCAAGUUUCGACUACUGAGGCAGGAAUCGACGCGCCCGAACUUCUCGGAGCAGCUCCAUUCCUGUCCAAAGGCCUACGAGGAAGGGAGCUGCCGGCAACAUUUGGUCUUUUUGGAGUGGGAUUCGAUGGAGUUGAAGAGUUGAGACGCUUGGCAGGAGCAGAAGAGGGAGUUGUGUGA